AUGCAGUCUGUCACUUUACAUACUUCCCAAGGGGAUAUCAAGUUGGAGAUAUUCUGUGAAUCAGUCCCAAGAGCAGCCGAAAAUUUCCUGGCACUCUGCGCAUCAGGAUCAUACGAUAAUACCCUCUUUCAUCGAAAUAUAAAAGGGUUCAUGAUACAAGGUGGUGAUCCGACUGGAACAGGGAAGGGAGGACAGAGUAUAUAUGGAAGUCCAUUUAAUGAUGAGAUCAGACAGACAUUGAGAUUCAAUAACAGAGGGAUUGUAGCUAUGGCGAAUGCGGGUCCAGAUACGAAUAAAUCUCAGUUCUUCAUAACGUAUGGUAAACAACCGAGUCUAGAUGGUAAAUACACUAUAUUUGGAAAGGUGAUAGAUGGUUUAGAUACAACAUUAGAUUCAAUGGAAAGAGUACCCGUCAACGCAAAAAACAAACCUCUGUCAGAAAUAAAGUUGUUAGGAGUUACGAUACAUGCUAAUCCCAUAGCUGAUCAGAAUAAAUAG